AUUUCUUUCGCACACACACACGCAUAAGAUACAUUCGACUUUCGACGAGCUAAAGCUUUAGUUAUCAGCACGUGAGCAAAUGGGAUAGUUUUUGUUUCUCUUUUAAUUCCAGAAACUUUAAGACAUGGUUGUAUUAAAGGAAAAUGGCUGUCGAAUUUGUCCCAAGAUCUUUUGCUGCACCGAAUGUCGGGAUAUCCACGAGAAUCGUAAACACCCAAACCCCAAGUGCUCGCUUUGCCUGAAGCAAGACCUUCCUUACAAGCCGCUUGUCAACCCGGAACUGCGCAAAAAUUCCGAGUUUUUCUGCCAUAUAGCGUUCAAUCAUCUGCCCCUUGGCUGUAAACUCUGUGGUGAUAAGUACACUGGUAUUCAGGACCUACUUACCGCACAAUCCUGCAGGUGGUGGAGCAUUGACUUGAAGCGGAAGCAGCGGGAGAGCCAAGCAGCAGUUACCGUCGCCGAAGACGUCCCUCACAUCGCUGUCAACGACUCGGGCGACUCGGAAAAUAAUCUACCCGUAACGCCGUUAUUCGCCAUCUCCAUCGACGACAGCAAGUCCUUGAAGAUCGCCGACAGCAGCUCGAUACUGCGUCUAAAACAGGAGAACUUUGACUCACCGCCGGAGUUGGUGAGGCACACGAGCACACCAAUGCAUAGCAUCGGCGUCCUGGGUCAGAAGCAGCUUGGCACCGCUGCCAUACCCCAAUUUGUUCUCAAGACACCAUCCUCGUUCGAUAAGCACACCUUCGAGACGACCGAGAGCACGUGCAGUCACGUUGCUUCGUCGGGAUUCGAGUCACGAUAUUACACCGGAAUUAGCUCGAGCAUUGACGAACCUUUAACGAAGCUUGCUCUUUCUAAUAAUAAUACCGAUAAUACGGGUGAGAACCAGCCCGAGGUCGAUCCAUCCUGGAAUUCGCCAUCCUGUCCCGUUACGAAAAAUCAUCUGCCACCGAUGAGCGCCGAAGUGGCUAAUGACAAGAAAGAUCUUGUAGAGAGGAGCAUUAUGAAGUCGGACGUGCUGGACCGCGUGAGCCGCACGAGCGACAGCAGCCGCGACUCCAUUGGGAAACGGGUGAGGUUUUCGGAUCAGUGUCCAAACCUUGAGAGAAUGUCUCCAUCGAGCACGAAUUGCUCGGUGCAGGAGACAGCCGCCGACAGCAGUGCUCAUCUGGCUGACAGUGAAAUUUUCUUCGAGGCACAGGAGAGUCUCGACGACAGCGGACCAUGUGACGGAAGCGAGCCAUAUCCCUAUUGUCAACGUAGCAACAAGGAGCGGACUGAAGGGGAGAAUUCGCCCACGUCCUCUACCUCCGACUGCAUCAAUGACGAUGGCAAUUCCAACUCCAGCGGUAAUAACAAUAGUGCCAAUUGCAGUGGAGACGAGAAAAACGGCAACGAUAAGGUUGACGAGAGCAGCUGCAGCGAGAACGUCAAGAACAAUGGCGGUGACGAUCGCAACGACAAAGAUAAGAAAAAUGACAGUAAUAAUAACAACCAGGAGAGGAAGAUUGAAAAGGAUGUCGACAGCAGUGUGGAGAAGAGCAAGACAAAUACGUCAUCGAGAGUUUUAAUGAUGGUUUUAGUGGAGAAAACGGAUUCCAAAAGUUUAUCCAGUCUGGAUUUACGCCCAUUGAUAGACUCUGGAUUGAAGAAACUUGAGAAGAGAGUGGCAGCGGUUAACAGCUCUCCGCAUACGGAUAAGGGGUACUACGAGUGUAGCUGCCAGUCGUCAAAGUUCAGCACGGAAGUGUCAAGUUUUGCGCGCAAAGUGAACAGCACAUUCGUCGAGGAUAAAAGUGCAAAAGCCCGGUUUGGCAGCUUCAGAGCCACGGGAAGGGAAGAGCGCCAGGCUGGUGGCUUGGAAUCGAAGCUGUCGCAAGAGGUCAGGAAGGCGGACGGGGAGCCGGAGCGCCAGGUGACCAAGAAAGCAGACGGCCUCAUCAGCUCCUGCAUGUCGGAUGGGAUUUUUUCGGUAGUGGCGAGAGUCGUUAGAUGCGCACUUAAGAAAUUGCCUGCCGUGACCUCGGUGACCUCAAGGAACCUGUCGCGAGAGCCUCUGCCUCAGACCGCCUGCUCACCGGUCAGGAUCACGACGACCUCUUCGCUCUCCAUCACCUCGGCGGAGGUUCUCGCGGUAGGCUCCGGCUGCAGUGCCUCCACCUCGCACAUCAUGCUCCAGAGAUCGGCUAGCAAACGGCCGCGGGAUCGCCUUGAUUCGGGGGAAGAGUCGAGGUACCAAGUUCCUCGCGAUUCUUCAGGUAAGAUGCACAGCUCCGCGGCGCGUUCGGCCCCAACUAAUAACAAUAACAACAACGCCAACAGUGGCAGCAACGACAGCGUCGCCGAGGCUUUGUCAUUGCCCCUCGGAUACGGCCGCAACCAACCGCACAACAAAACGACUGUUCCAGGUAACUUGAGUCCACGAAGCGAGGUGAUCUCGAGUCCCGCGGCGAAACGUCAUCGCGGUUGGUACCGCAUAAGGGCCCGUGAGCCGAUAGCUCGCAUGCGCAAACGUCAGAUCGUCUCGCCGAGAGGCGCCUCCCUCGAGACCCAGCGCUUCCAGCAGGGCUCGCUGACAAUCGGGGACACCUAUCUGCCAUUGCCCUCCCGAGCCCACCAGUCGACGCAGACGGAGUGAUUGCCGAGGAUUCGAGAGCACCGAUCAACCGAUCGCUGGUAAUAAUCUGGUGCUGAGGUGCAAGCGAGCCGCUGGUCGUACGAGCUCCACGGCGAAGGCGAUGUCCCCGGUAGUAAGGAGUAGUGACAUCUUCGUCCUUCGGCCCGCUACUACUGCUGCCGACAUGUGUAAAGAUUGUUCUCUCUUCCUUGGGAUCGGCUGCUUUAGCCAAACUAAGGAAUUAUAUUUCUUUUCGCAUGCAAAAAGGGAUUUAGUGCAUGGAAUUUGGUCCGUCUUUAAUAUAGUUUGGG